CACGUUUCACACCGUGCCGCGUUCGCCUGGCUCCGACGGCAUCAUGUUAAAUCUCCCCCGGGAGAUGAGCUUGGAGCAAGAUGUCUCCUUGGGGCAGAAGGAGCAUCCGGGUGGAGGCAGCCCGGGGCUGGUGCAGAUGCAGCCCCUGUGGCAGAGCCAGCAUCCCACGGCACCGCAGCUGCAGGUGGUGAUGGAGAGUGGAGGUGAGGAGGGUGAUGCUGCCGACGCCAGCAGUCGUUCCACCUUGGCCAGGGGUGAACCAACUUCACCAGGUGCCCUCCAGCUCACAGAGGAGAACACGAACCCUGGGGAAAGGGAGUUAAGCGUAAGUGCAAUUGCUCCAAAUGGGCUGAAGAAAGCUGAGGAGGGGGACGUCCGGGCUGGAGAGAACCAGGAGAGCUGUGGUCCUCAGCCUGGUGAUGCAGGAGAGCCCGGCGGGGUCGCUGCGCUGAAGCAGCAGAUUGCUGCUCUGGAGGAGCAGCUGAGCAAGAAGAAAGAAGAGCUCGAGCAGAUCAGAGCAGUGCUGGAGCAGCAGGAUCAUGAGAUCAAGGAGAAGGAGAAAAGCAUUAAGUUACUGGCCAGCUCCAAAGCUCAGCUGGAAGAGAAGCUGUGCCGGGAAAACACCAAAGAGGCCAAGCCACUGUCCAGGCAGAGCAGUGGGGCUUUGCAGUGCUACGAUGCUGCAGUGAACACCGACCUCUCGCAGGUAACUGGGGCCAAGAAAGCCCAUGAUAAAGGCAUCAACGUAAAUAUCCCAGUCUCCACCAAAUCCAUAGGAUGCAGUGUCCACAGAGCAGACAACAUGAACGUGCAGGCGAUGGAGUGGGGUGCUUGGAGUGAUCAGGGACUGGCAGAUACUUGCACUGGUGUCAGUGGAGAGGGACCCAGAAAUUUUGGUGAAGCCAACAUCGAGGCUGGCCUUCAUGCACUGUGCUUCACCCAAUUGAAGAUUGAUGAGCACCUCAGCGAUGACAAUCAAAAUCACAGGAAUAACUACGAUACCCAGAGUCUUGCUGCUCACAAGGUGACUGCAGGAAGCUAUCAAGGAACAAGAAUUGGCUCAAACACAGGAGAAAACAAGGCAGGCUUUGGCGAAGAUAAACCUCAAGAUGGGCUGGAAGAGGAAGGUGCCCCUGUCCACGAGGAUCUCCCUGCUGUUGACCCCAUCAGCCAAUACGUAAAAAAAAUCCAGGAGCUUUUGCAGGAGCAGUGGCUGUGUUUGGAGCAUGGCUACCCCGAGUUAGCGAGCGCUAUUAAACAGCCGGCCUCCAAGCUCAGCUCCAUUCAGAACCAAUUGGUUAAUUCCUUAAACUCGUUGCUGUCUGCUUACUCUACGCAAGGGCCCGCAGAUAAGAAGAAUUCGAAUACACACUAUCAACAGUUGGAAAUCUCUCCAACCACAAGUCUUAAAUCUAUCAUGAAAAAGAAAGGUUAUGGUUUCCAUGCAGGAGGCAAUGGGACCAAAAAGAAUCUUCAGUUUGUUGGGGUAAAUGGUGGCUACGAAACAACUUCAAGCGAAGACACAAGUUGCGAAGACAGCCCAUCGGAUGGGGAUGCGGAGAGUGAGACAGGGAGAAGAGCUGAUGAUUUGGAGCCCACGCAAGCGAAAGCUAGAGGUGAAAGCGAGGGGCCUUCGUCAGGGACCUCCUCGCCGGAGAGACGUGAGGACGAUGACAUGCAGGAGCCAUUGGCAGAAGCAACGCCUUGCACUCAGCACAAGGCUGACAGAUGCAAACCGUCUGAAGAUUUCCUUGCCAACUGCCAGCUACUCAGCAAGCACUUCUCAGAAAUCAGGACCACAAGCGACAAGCAUCUGCGGCACGCCAUGAGCACUGUCUGCCAGGAGUGGUUCUGGGUGUCGAGCCGCAAGUCUUCCAGCCCGGAGGCGGUCGCAGCACAUCUCAAGGCACUGGGGGCCAUCCAGCCCCAGCUCCUGGCGAUGGUGGUGAACCUGGCCGACAGGAAUGGCAACACGGCUCUUCACUACAGCAUUUCCCACUCCAACUUCCCGAUUGCAAAGCUCCUGCUAGACACAGGCGUGUGUCGCCUGGACCUGCAGAACCGCGCUGGCUACACGGCGGUGAUGCUCACCCCGCUGGCGGCUGCCGAGACGGGUGAGGACAUGGACGUGGUGAUGAAGCUGCUGAAGGAGGGGGACGUUAACCUGCAAGCUGCCCAGGGAGGCCAGACCGCCCUGAUGCUGGGGGUCAGCCACGAGCGGGACGACAUGGUGCGAGCCCUCCUCUCCUGCCAGGCUGAUGUCAACCUGCAGGACGAGGAGGGGACGACGGCCCUGAUGGUGGCCUGCCGGCAAGGCAACGCCGACAUCGUCAGGCUCCUCUUGGCCCAGCCCGGCUGCCAGGUCGCACUGACGGACAAGGGCGGUAAUUCGGCCCUGUCGCUGGCCCAGCGCGCUGCCCGUGAGGACAUCGCAGCGCUCCUGCAAGCCCACGCUGAGCAGAGCCCGUCCCUCUCUGCAUGA